AUGAGUUACAACGGUCAACAAGGUGGUUACGACCAAUACAACGCCCAUUACCAGGGCCAAUACAACCAGCAGCAAGGCUACGGUCAACAGCAAGGCUACUCCCAGGGCUACGACCAGCAACAGCAAGGUUACAACCAGGGCUACGACCAGCAGCAAGGUUACCACAACCAACAAUACCAGCAACAAGGCUACAACGGCCAAUAUGAUCAGAACCAAUACCAGCAGGGCGCCCCUGGCGCCGAGGGCGAACGCGGUCUUCUCGGCGCUGUCGGAGGCGCCGCAGCUGGAGGUUAUGGAGGCCACAAGAUGGGCCAUGGUAUUCUAGGCGCAAUCGGUGGAGCAAUCGCCGGACACCUCACCGAAGAUUUCGCCAAGAAGAAGCGUCAGGAGCACAAGCACAAGCCGAGCAACGGCGGUGGUAACAACAGCAACAACUGGGCCCAGUCCCUGGGCGGCGGGUCGAUGUCAUCCUUCCUCAACCAGAAGAAGUGA